CGAUAAUUCAGCACGCAGCCACCUAUUUCACACCUUUCCUGGCCCAACACUUGCGGAAUAACACACCUCCGACUAUUUGAAGCCAGUACUUUGCAGAAAGAACCCUUGCACCAUCAUGAGGCCUACCCUUUUGCAGGGUCACGAACGUGCCCUCACUCAGAUCAAGUACAACAAGGAUGGCGAUCUCUUAUUCUCAGUCGCCAAAGAUAAGGUGAUCUGCGCGUGGUACACCAGUAACGGAGAACGGUUGGGAACAUACAACGGCCAUCAAGGUGCCAUCUGGACGGUGGAUGUCUCGCCCAACUGCGAGCUACUUGCCUCUGGAUCCGCCGACAACACGAUAAGACUGUGGAAUGUGCGGACCGGUGAAAAUGUCAAGACUUGGGAAUUUCCCACUGCCGUCAAGAGGGUCGAGUUCAGUGAGGAUGGAAAACAAUUGCUUGGGGUCACAGAAAAAAGAAUGGGCUACCUGGGCACUAUCGUGGUAUACGACAUUCGGUACGGAGACGACCUGACAGAUCAAACCAACGAACACAGCUUGAGAAUCACUUGUGAAGACAGCAAGGCUACGGUUGCAGGCUGGAGCUAUUUGGACAAAUAUAUCAUUUCUGGCCAUGAGGAUGGUUCAGUCACCCAAUGGGACGCAAAGACAGGAGAAAGCUUGAUGACUAUGGAAGCACAUGAGUUCGACACUACCAUCAAUGACCUGCAAAUGUCUCCCGACCGGACCUACUUCAUCACCGCUGGCAAAGACAAGUCUGCAAAGAUCUUGUCGUCGAGAGACUUGAGCGUCCUCAAGACCUACGUGGCCGACACCCCUCUCAACACGGCUGCCAUUACAACCAAGAAGGACAAUGUUAUCCUCGGUGGUGGUCAAGCGGCAAUGGAAGUCACGACAACCUCGGCUCGUCAAGGCAAGUUUGAGGCUCGUUUCUACCACAAAAUCUUCGAAGACGAAAUCGGCCGUGUCAGGGGCCACUUCGGUCCCCUUAACACUAUCGCGGUUCAUCCCCAGGGUACUGCAUACGCAAGUGGUGGUGAGGACGGUUACGUGCGUAUGCACAACUUCGACAAGGCUUAUUUCGACUUCAUGUACGAGGUGGAGAGAGAGCAAGCACGAAAGUAAAUCUCGCUUUCAAAUUUCCCCUUGAUACCACACCCAUUGCAAUCAGAAUAUUAGGCAUAUGUGCCUCGAUGGCUGAGGAGCCGACCGGAUGCUAAAAAUACUGUCACCCUAUAUGGGAAUAUUCUUGCGACGCUUGGCGAGAAAUCUUCACAACUGCGAGCGGUGACAGUUACCUGAAGCUGCAAUGAAUUCCAACUGAGCAAUCGCUGCGAAUUAAUUGCCUUCAAGCAGCCCAAACACCAAUAACGACUACAUCCCAUUUUCACACUUCGGCGAGGAAACAGAGCAGCAUGGACAGUGCGGCCGUCAGUCCACUUGGCUACAUUGUGUUAGGUGGCAGCAUAGGAUGGAUUCUCUGCGCAGCGGCAAUGAGGUUGGAGUGGCGUCUGCGUGGCUUUCCGUUCACCCGUGUCUGCGUUACACACGAUAUGAUCCACGGCUGCUAUGAAUGUAUGAGAGAAACGAGGAAGCAACGUCCAAUUCGCAAUCACCAUCACAACCCAUACAUCGAUUACAUGCUGGGAAUGGAAGUGGAGAAGAACGUCGUGUGAAGAGGUUGAGCCAGAACAUGCGCAAGACAUCGACUCGGAUAUUAUCAGUCACGCCAUGCUCGCCAUAGUGUCUGCGCUGGCUUGUCCUUUGCCAUCAAUGGGCCUCACAACAAACAGUCUGAAAUUGGAAACCAUUACAAAUCGGCAUACCGUCGCUGGACAUUACAAGGUUCCUCUGCACGACCUGGGGAGAAGGCAAGGAAGAUCACAUCCUGUUACUAUGGAGAAACACUACGACAUCGUCACAGUGGAAGUGGAUGGUCGUCGGGAAUAUUGUAUUCAAGCUGGACCUUUCGCUUGAAGGACGUCAAAAGCUAGUCAGCUACAAUCAUAGAUUGAACGAUCCGAAAAGUCGUUGCUCCUCACUCC